AUGGAAGAACAGGCUUUAAAAUAUGGAGCUUCCCACGUUAUUCAUUUAUUUGUGCCAGUGUCUUUGUGUAUGGCUGUUGUUAUUUUGACAAUGAUGACUGUUGGUUAUUAUUCAAAGGCAGGGGAAUAUCUUCCAUAUACUCCAUUUCAUGGAAAAACAACAGAUGGGGCAGGAGAGAUUUUGCUUCAAUCUUUGGCUAAUGCGGGGAUAUUGCUUGUAGUUAUUAUUGUUAUGACUGUAAUUUUGAUUGUGUUAUAUAAAUCUAAAUGUUAUAAGAUUAUUCAUGCUUGGCUAAUGUUAAGUUCCUUGAUGUUACUCUCCAUGUUUACGUUGUCUUUUAUUGAAGAAUUAUUUCGCAACUACAACAUUCCAAUUGAUUAUAUUACUCUUGGAAUAUUUCUUUGGAACUGGUGUGUUCUUGGCAUGAUUUGUAUUCAUUGGCAAGGACCUUUACUUCUCCAACAGUUUUAUUUGGUUUCUGUGUCUGCAUUAAUGGCUUUAAUGUUUAUUAAACAUUUACCGGAAUGGUCUGUUUGGUCAAUUUUGGCUGUGCUUUCAAUUUGGGAUUUGGUUGCUGUUUUGUGUCCAAAAGGGCCUUUGAGAAUUUUGGUGGAAACUGCGCAGAAGAGAGAUGAACCUAUUUUCCCUGCUUUAAUAUAUUCUUGUAAAUUAUUUUUAAUAUCUGUUUGUGACGGUAAACGGGAAUAA